GACUCUUGAAAUUAUGCAAAAAAAUAAAAAACAAAACAUGUAGUAAUUUUACUAAUAAUUAUAAUGAAUCAUUCUCCUAUUAAUUACAUCUUAACAAUUUCUAUGAUAAAAACGGAUUAAAUCAAAUUAUCAUGUGAGUAAUGCUCAAAGUUGCAUUGAACAAUUUGUUUGGAUAUUAUGUGAAAAAAGGAUUCAUUUAAAAUCAAAGGUGCAUACCUUAUUACAUUACAUUAUUUGUCCAAGCGAACAUUCAUAACACCAUUCUGAGGGAAGAAGUAUAAAUAUUUCAAUUUCAACUGAUUUAUUCAUGUCAAUGAGGGGUACUAACCCCGUUACAACUAACAUUAAUACUACAAUUACUAAUAAUACUUUUGACAAUGACACAAGAAAUAAUACCACGUUAAAUGAUCAUUUAUUACACUUAGAUCGACGUUAUUGGUGUCUAUGCCUAAUGAUAUUUUCGAUAGCCACCUUGUUUGGAAAUUCUCUAGUUGUACUCAGUGUGAUACGAGAACGUUCAUUGAGAAAUGCAACAAAUUGGUUUAUUGUCAGCUUAGCUAUUGCUGAUAUCAGUUUAGCUAUAUUGGUUAUGCCAUUAGCUACAUGGUUAGAGGUUGUCAAUGGUUAUUGGGUAUUUGGAACAAUUAUCUGUGAUAUAUUCAUUAUGUUCGAUGUAUUAUUUUGUACAGCAUCAAUUCUCAAUUUAGUCGCCAUCUGUCUAGACAGGUAUUUAGCUGUUACAAAACCAAUUGUUUAUGCAAAGCAUAAUAAUAUGCGUAGAGUUCAAAUUUCUAUCGCUUUAGUAUGGAUAGUAUCCUUUUUAAUAGCUAUUCCACUAGUAUGCGGUUUAAAUAUUAAUACAUAUAAUGAUCCAACAAUAUGUCAAUCAUUUAAUGCUCUUUACAUUAUAUGUUCAUCAUUAGGCUCAUUUUAUUUACCAGCUAUAAUACUAAUUGUUGUAUAUCAACGUAUAUUUGCAUUAAUUAAACAACGACAUAAGUCAUUACGUUUAACACAAACAUCAAUACAUCAUCCACAACAAGCGACACCAACACCAUCACAUCACCAACAGAACAAAUCACAAUUUAGACAACAUCAGCAACAACCUAGACAACAAUCUUCAUUAAAACAACCUCAAGAAUUAGAACAAUUCGACAAACAAUUCAAUGACUCUUCAACCAUUCAAUUAUCUGAUAUUACAAGUUCAAACAAAGAACAAAAUAAUUUAAAAAUAAAAGAUAAAAUUCACAGUAAAAAUAAUUCAGAUCAGGAAAUUAUUCUUUUGGAGAAUAAAUACCCCACAUUAACAACACCAACAACAACGGCAACAACUAUGAUUACACCUACUGGAAUAGACAAAAAAGAUCCUUUACACUUGAUUACAAAUGAUUAUAAUUGUAUAAUAAGUUCAUUUACACAAUCAGAUCAUGAAUUCAUCGAGGAAGAAAAAUACCACGAAGAAGAAGAAGGCAUAAAUGAAAAUCUAUUUGAUGAUAUCCAUUUUGAAGGACCACGUUUAGAUAUACCAUCACCAAAUUUAAAUUAUAAUUUAGAUCGAUACAUUUUACCUUGUAAUCAGACUACCUCUAUUGAUUAUUUAAAAGUAACCAAUCAGAAUUCAGUCCCAAUAACGUUAGCAGCUACGACAACCUUGAGCAGUGUAGAUAAUCGAUACAAUGAUUCGCUUAUUCUACCUGAAAGAAUAGAUUUAAAAAUUUUAAAAUCAUUUGACUCCCCAAAAUAUAUAAGAUGUAGCUCAAGUCGAUCAUCAGCCUCAGCCUCAUCAUUAUGUUCACCAUUUGCAAUAGAAGAUUACAACGAAAUCACUUUCACAUGUUGUCAUCUUGAACAUUAUGACAGUGUGUCGACUCAAAAUACACCUUCAAGGUCAUCUGUAGGUAAAGAAUGCAUUGUAGAACAUGGUGAGGUAAAAGAUCACCCGGAGGAAGAGCAAAGUUUACCCAAUCUUACUGUACAUAUGCCAACAGACAAUUCUCAAUUAUCAGUUCAAACACUGAAUACCCCGUGUUCAAUGAUUCAAUGUAGUGCAAAUUAUAAUAAUAAUAUUAAUAAUAAUAAUAACCUUUCAAAUCUACAUAGAUCAUCAUGUCAACAUCAAAUUCCUUUUAAAUCAUCAAAUAUUAUAAAUUUAUUUACACUCCCAAGAAUUAAAACUUGUUUAAAUUGUACAGAUACUCGCAGCAGUUCAAUAUCAUCAAGUGAUGUAGAAUAUUCUUGGCCACAGAUUAGUGAAUGUAUUAGACAAAGUUCAGGAGAUGAUGUACAGGUUGCAAAUGAUUCCGCUGAGAAUUAUCUAUGCACAACAACAAUAAUUGAUAGUGACACUGAAGAAGACGAUUAUGUUGACGACGAAGAGGAAGAUUAUGAUGAAGAUAUUGAUGAAGGAUUAUUAUUCACGGAUGAAAAUACUACUAUUUGUGAACUUUGUCAAAAUGAAAUCAGCUCAAAGUCGUUUUGUAUAUAUAUGUCUAAUGAAUUAUGUAAUUGUAUUGAUUAUCGCAAUGAAUCGAUUGUAUUUCAGUAUAGAUGUCAACCAAAUGAAAAUUUCUGUCAACAAUACACUAAUCAUACACCAAAUGGAGAUGUUUAUAAAACUGAUAUUAAUCAUCAUAACAAUAUUUGUCCUACUAGAUCAGUUAAAGUAAAACAGAUUAAAUCAAAUUUAUCACAAAAAAAGAAAUUUAAUUUUCAUAUUGAAUUUUGUAAAUAUUUAUCAUUAUUCAAUGAUAAAUUUAAACAAGGCAAUCAGAUAAUUGCGCGAAAUUUAAAUCGAGCGCGUAAAUCGAAUUGUUUUAAAUCACAACAUUUAAACAAGCAGUAUAAUAAUAAUAUUAACAACAACAGUAGUCAAAAAAUUCUAAAUACUUCAAACAAAAGUUCUCGAGCUAAUUUCAGUAGUAUAAAAAUGGAUAAUCAGAAAACAGAUUUUCUUACUAUCGAUCCAUCACCAACGUCUCCAGUGGAUUUAGAUUCAUGCAGUGGUAAAUCUACACGGAAACAAUGUCAUAAUAAUAGUCCAAAAUAUACUUCAACGAGAAAUAAGAAUGUUCUAUCACAUAAAGAGAAAAAAGCAACGAAAACAUUGGCUAUUGUUUUAGGUGUCUUUCUUGCCUGUUGGUUACCAUUUUUUUCAAUCAAUGUCAGCCUUGGAUUAUGUAUCUACCUUGGACCAGAUCAAUAUGGGUUUUGUGAAAUGGCUGGUAGUUUGAUGUCUUCAUGUACAUGGCUUGGUUAUGUGAAUUCAGCACUGAAUCCAGUCAUUUAUACAAUAUUCAAUUUGGAAUUUCGUAAUGCAUUUAAAAAACUUUUACAUAUCAAUUAGAAAAAAAAACACAAACAAAGGGGCGGAGAAAAAACAGCACUCUUUGAGGCGGAGAACAAUAAAGGAGAGGAUAUUGAGAACUGUGAAAUCAAUAUAUAACAAAACAAUGAUAUUAUAUAUAUAUAUAUACAUAAUGAAUGAUCAAGAAAUCACAGGGAUCCUAAAUAACUAACUAACUAACUCACUUACUCACUCACUCACUCACUAAUGAAUUAACUAACUAACUAACUAAAUAAUUAAUUGAUUACCUAACAGAUUCCUGUAUUUUUUACUUAUAAUGUAUAAGAAAC